AUGGAGAACCAGGACAGCAGCGUGAUCCGUGUCUUUGUUGUGAGGCACGGGCAAACGGCAUGGAACAUCGAGAAGAUCCUGCAGGGUCACCAGGACAUUGCGCUGAACGAGACGGGCCACUCGCAGGCCAGACUGCUCGGGUCUCGGUUCAAGGACAUCGACUUCGACAUGUGGAUCAGCUCCGACUUGAAGAGAUGCAUCCAGACGACUCAGGGGAUCGAGGCCGCUGUGGGCGCCGACAAGGUGCCGGGGCAGUUUGUCAAGAGCCCGGCGUUCCGAGAAAGAUUCAUGGGUGACGUAGAGGGCAUGAAGAUCGGCGAAGCCAAGGCCAAGUACGGGGACGGGUUCCGCAACCGUGGCGAGAAGAAGGAGGACAUGAUUGCCCGGAUCUACAAGCGCUGGCUCGAAUGUCUAGCGAUGUGUGCGCAGGAGGGGUACCGGAACGUGCUGCUUUGCACGCACGGAGGGGUGAUCCGCAACUUCGUGAACUAUCUCUACCACGAGCAGGGGUACCAGCUCGGGCCGGGCAUGACGGCCGCCGACCUCCGGGUGCCGUACAACACGAGUGUCACUGUGCUGGACAUCAAGAGAGCUGACAUCUGUGCAGGGACCAUCGAGCGUUUUGGGUGCACCGAGCAUCUGGGCGAGCAGAAAGAGGUGGGCGACAAGGACUUGAGGUGA